GCUUUUAUAGUUUAUAAAAAACAUUGGAGUAGACGUAAACGGGAUCAGUGAAACAAUGGAGCAAAAUCCAGGUGUCCAGAUGCCCUCGUUGAGUCCUAGUACCAAUUUGAACCAGGGCAUCCCAGAGACUCCAUGGAUUAAAGAGGAGCCAGAAGAACAGAGCAUCAAACAAGAGGAAGAGCAGCUAGAAUGUUCUGGUGUCCAGAUGCCCUUUCUGAGUCGUGGUAUUACCCUGAACCCGGAAAUUCCAGAGACUCCACAGAUUAAGGAGGAGCCAGAGGAGCAGAACGUCAAACAGGAGGAAGAGCAGCUCCAAGUGUUUGUCCCAGAGUCCAAUGCUCUGUGUGUGAAGACAGAAGACUCCUCAGUGCUUCAACAAAUUAAGCCCAAAGAGGAGAUACAGGAAGGGGACAGCAGAGCAGAGACACAUGACCACAGAAAGGACACACAGGAAGAGGGCAUCAGAGCAGAAACAGAGACUGAGGAAGACACAGAGCACUCCUCUGACACUGACAGUGAUGAAGACUGGCGAGCACCAUUCAGCCGUUCAGUCUCACAAAACCGAAUGAGAGCCAGAAGAACUGCUGCACCAAACUCGGGUUUAUCUCCUAAAGCUGAUGGAACUGAGAGAAAGAAACAUCAGUGCACUGUCUGUAUAAAAAGAUUUAGGACUGUAAAGGAAUUACAAAGACACACUAGAGUUCACACAGGAGAGAAACCAUUCAGCUGUUCAGUCUGUAACAAAGCAUUUGCCGUGAAGGUCAAUCUGACGGCACAUAUGAGAACACACACAGGUGAAAAACCUUUCAGCUGUCCUGUCUGUAAGAAAGCAUUUACCCAAAAGAGUCAGCUUGUAGUUCACACAAGGACGCACUCAGGAGUUAAACCUUACAGCUGUUCAUUCUGUAUGAAAACAUUUGCCCGGAAAGGUAAUCUUACAGUACAUGUAAGAAUACACACAGGUGAGAAACCAUUCAGCUGUUCAAUUUGUGAGAAACGUUUUACUUAUUCCUCUAACCUUAAAAAUCAUGAAGCUGAGCACAGAGGGGAAGCACGAAAAGCCGCAAUAUCCGAAGGGAAGGGUCACCCGUGCGCUGUAUGUAAAAAAAGAUACAGAUCUAGAUCUGAUUUAGAAAGACACAUUAGAGCGCACACUGGAGAGAAACCAUUCAUCUGUUCAAUCUGUAAUAAAGCAUUUACCCAAAAGGGCACUCUUUCAGUGCACAUGAGAAAUCACACAGGAGAUAAACCUUACAGCUGUUCAGUCUGUAAGAAAACAUUUGUCCAAAACAGUAACCUUACAACACACAUGGCAACACACUCAGAAGAAAAACCUUACAGCUGUCCAAUCUGCAAGAAGGGGUUUCCUCUAAAAAAUAGUCUCAUAAUGCAUGUGAGAAUACACACAGGUGAGAAGCGUUUCAGCUGUUCAAUCUGUAACAAAGCUUUUGUCCAAAAGAGUAAUCUUAUAUCACACACAAGGACACACACAGGUGACAAAGCUUUCAGAUGUCAAGUUUGUAAGAAAACAUUUGCUCUAAAGAGUAGUCUUGCAGUACACAUGAGGAAACACACAGGCGAGAAACCUUUCCGGUGUUCAAUUUGUAAGAAAAAAUUUGCCCAAAAGGAGCAGCUUGUAGUGCACACAAGGACACACACUGGAGAGAAACCCUUCAGCUGUUCAGUUUGUGAGAAAACAUUUGCCCGAAAGCAUCAACUCACAAUCCACAUUAGAACACACACAGGUGAAAAACCUUACAGUUGUUCUAUCUGUGAGAAACGCUUUGCAACUAGCUGUAACAUGAAGAGUCAUGAGUUCUGUCAUAAAAAACGUGACAGAAGGUUGUGACACGUGUUCAUGGGAGAUCUGUUUGCUGAACUUUAAAUGCUGUUGAAUUUCUCACUUUAAAUUUUAUACCUUUGAAAAAACUGAAUUGUUUUUAUUCUGAUUUUCAGCUGACGAAUUUUUAAGUCUACAUUUCCC